CUCCUUACUUAUCCCCCUGCCUAUUGCCUCCUCUAUCGUCCACAUAUCUCUUCCGGUCCUGCCCCUCCUCCUCUCCUCUCUACAGCCAGACUAUCCCGCCGGCGUUGCUGAUCCUUUGUCAUGAGCGCCCCAAGCAAGCGUCGCAUUGAGACUGAUGUUAUGAAGCUGUUGAUGUCGGACUACGAGGUGAACCUCGUGAAUGAUAACAUGCAAGAGUUCUACGUGCGUUUCUACGGGCCUACAGAAACACCAUUUGCGGGAGGCGUCUGGAAGAUACACGUCGAGCUACCAGACCAGUACCCAUUCAAGUCCCCGAGCAUAGGCUUCAUGAACAAGAUCUUUCACCCCAACAUCGAUGAGCUUAGUGGCUCAGUGUGUCUGGAUGUCAUCAAUCAGACGUGGUCCCCCAUGUUCGACAUGAUCAACAUAUUUGAGGUUUUCCUCCCACAACUACUGCGGUACCCGAACCCGAAUGAUCCGCUGAAUGGCGAGGCUGCGGCAUUGCUCAUGCGCCAUCCAAAGGAAUAUGAAGCCAAAGUCAAGGAGUAUGUGCAACGCUUUGCAACGAAGGAGGCUGCCGACGCCGCUAUGGACCAGGAUGGCGAUGGCGACGAAGACGAGGAGAUGAGCGACGUUGGCAGCAUCAGCGACGACGAGGAAGCUUGA